AUGCGGAUUCAAUUGCUUCCAGUGGCCUCUUUACUGUGGACCGCCUAUGGUCAGAUCGUGUCACCGGCGACCGGUCUGAGUUUCGACGGUGCAGGUGCCGUCAGUCUGUUCUGGGGCUUGGACAACGAUGCCACGUCCAGCUAUGACUUUUAUCUCUGUGCCGGUGACGAGACGACAGACAAAUACGACUCUCUGACCCAAGUCAUCAAAAAUGGCGUCUAUAGGGCAGGCGAUAUGGUGACAUUUAAAGUCGACCAAGAUGUAGGAGGAAGUGAUCAUGAGGCAUAUUUCUUAAGAAUUGUGUUAUCAAGCCCUCACGAUUACUGGUCCGGAUUCACCUCCCACUUCACUUUGACCAACAUGACAGGUUCAUUCUCAGCAAAGGUGACCGACGCUCUGAAAACAAUGCAGACCAAACCCGCGCUUGCGAUCCCCUGGCCUCCAGUAGACGAAGAUCACCUCAUCGAGGCCGAAGAAGUCGCAUCCGCCUUCAAUAUCUCGAGCCCCACAAGCACCCUGACCGAGAAGGUCCUACAAUUCCCAACCGCGGCCCCCGGAGAUGCAAUUGAGCACGAGCUGCGAAAGCGACAAGUCGCCGCUGUCGGCGCUGGUGCUGCAGCGGCUGCCCCCGCUGUUGACCAACAUACGAUCCCAUAUGGAGAACAGAAAGGGUUGACCAGGUACGCGCCUAUGCCUAAAAGGGCUGGCAGUACGAUUGCGACUAGAUCCGCCACGCCUCAAUACCCGCCUUUCCCAUUCUCCAUUGCGACUGCUUAUUUGGAGGCGGCGACGGUGCAGUAUACCGAAAUGGCGUAUGCUACUUGGACUGCAAACAGCAUUGAGAACACGGCUGCUCCUGCUCCUACGCCCACUCUGGACAAGAGAAUGCAAAAGUGGCUGGACCGUUGGAAGGAUUGA